AGCCGACAACAGUACAGCAGGAGAGGCAAGACCUAGCAGAUAUUCUGCUCCAUACAAUGCUCGCCGUCAUUUGGAACAGCACCAUGGGGGAGCUGCAUUCCCAGUCCACACUGCAGCUGCAGCACGAUCUGAGCCACAACGUGAAGAUACUUGCAGCAGCUGUCAAGGUCGCAAACAACCAGCUAAAACAACUAGAUGCACGCAUCGCUACCUUGGAGGCAAGGCCUCCCAAGCAGCGCCAGGCUGCACGACAGAUAUGACAGACAUGACGAAGCAGCUCAAUGGGCGCAUGCAUCAUGUCAUCAAUCUCAUCGGCGAUAUAGGUGUUUUCAAUGGGCCAGACACGAUCAGUAGCACGAUGGCCGCCACCAAGACGGACAUCACGAAGCUGCAGACGAAACCGGACGCCGCCACGAAGAAUUACAAGAUGCCGCACUUCGACAUCAGCAAGUUCGACGACCACAACAAGACGGACGCUUUGGCAUGGUGGCAACGUUUCCUCACGGAAGCAUCAUGCCGCACUGUCCCGGCCAACGACAUGAUGAAGGCGCUCUACUUACAACUGAUUGGAGGAGCGCAGGCAUGGAUGAACCUUCUGGCGACUACCCACAAAUGCACCAUCGCCGAACUCCGCACGCACCUCACGUGGAAAGAGUUCGAGAAGCUAUGGUUCACCCGGUUCAUGGUCCGCAACGUCGUGAAGGCGGCCAUGAACGAGGUGUACACCUGCUCGCAAGGGAGUAUGCCAACUCGAGACUGGACAACCAAGUGGCAAAAGAUAGUGACCACGCCAGGCUUCGAUUUGACUUUUCCUAAUCAACGAUCCGAGUUCUUCUCGCGAUCGUGCGCAGGAUUGCGGUCAGCACUCGGUAACGAGUAUGACUAUACCUCGUUCCAGGCUAUCCUGGAUCGCGCAAACCUGGUCAUCCAAACGGACGACAAGGCCGCUAACGAGAAACAAUCCCAGCCGCAUUAUGUGGCUAAGCAGGGCUAUCAACGUGCGGCUCAUAACAAUGCCGUGAUUUCUGAAGAAACAGACGAUCUCCACGCUGCAACAGCAUCCUCGAGUGAUGGAGGAAUUGUAGCAGCGCUCCCGCGAAAGCGUCCCAAGAGAGUUCGGAAGAACAAGGCGACACAAGAGACGGCAUCGACGGGAACUGGGCAGCGGCCAUGGACGGCAUACAAGAUAACCAACGAAGUAUAUGACCUACGUCAACGGUACGGAUAUUGCCUAUGGUUCAAUGGUGUCACUCAUGUGACCGCACAAUGCCCCGAGAAGGGCAAGGCACGCGUACCCCGCCUUGGCCCGCACGUUCGAAGGAAGACGCAACCCAUGCAAGUCACACUCGCGGACGGCCGCACGCAAAAGUCAAUUGACCGAUGCGUCGAUGGCGUUCCGGUAUACUUUGCGCCACUUGCAUGCGAGCCGGUGUCUUUUGACAUCCUCGACACAAAGUUCGACAUGAUUCUAGGCAUGUCUUGGUCGCGUAGCGCCGAUCAUCCGGUGAACUUUCAUGACCGAACCGUUCACAUCCGUGAUCGGAAUGGAGUGUUAGUCCCAUGUACAGUUGCGACCCCUCACACUUCGAUUGCUUGCCACGUGGUUUCCGUUGCGAGAAUUCGCGACGCCAUUGCUCGGAAUGACAUCGAGGAGAUGAGCCUUGUAUUCUUGCAUGCUCUCCCCUCGCCGGACGGACCAGCCGCGUCACCGUYGGACCCACGCAUUUCUCACCUCUUGGACGAGUAUAGAGACGUCUUCGAGGCUCCCACCGGAACGGUUCCGGAUCCGCCCAUACGUCACGGGAUCACUCUCGAUGCUGGCGCCGUUACUCCACGUGUAUGUAUCUACCGCAUGAGCGAAGAGGAACUCGAGGUGCUUCGCGCACAACUCGAUGACCUUCUCGACAAGGGUUGGAUUCGCCCUAGUUGCUCGCCAUACGGUGCCCCUGUUCUCUUCGUCCGGAAGAAGAACAAAGAUUUACGGUUAUGCAUCGAUUAUCGAAAACUUAGUGCACAAACCGUAAAGAACGUCGUCCCUCUCCCUCGGAUUGAUGAUCUUCUUGAGCGGUUAGGCGGCGCGACGUACUUCUCGAAGUUGGACUUGAAGUUAGCUUACCACCAGAUUGAAAUCCAGCCUCAAGACCGGUACAAGACCGCGUUCAAGACGCGGUACGGGCAUUUUGAGUGGGUUGUCAUGCCCUUUGGCCUCACCAAUGCCCCCGCGACUUUCCAAGUAGCGAUGACGAAUGAGUUUCGCGACUUGCUUGAUCGCAGCGUCCUCAUCGACCUUGAUGACAUCUUGGUUUACAGUAGGACGUUGGACGAGCACGUCGAACACCUUCGCGUUGUUCUGGAUCGUUUGCGACUAGCCAAGUACAAAGUGAAUCUCGAGAAGUGCGAAUUCGCCAAGCUAGAGCCUUAGUACUUGGGUCCUUUUCUCACGCCGAAAGGCAUUUGUCCCUUAGCGGACAAGAUCCAAGCC